AUGAUUCAAUUAAAGACGAUGCUUAAUUGCAUCGACAAUUCCGGCGCUGCUGUGGUCGAAUGCGCCAAAGUCCUGAAGAUGAAGAGACAUGCGAAGAUUGGGGAUCGCAUCAUCGUUGUGGUACAAAAGCAAAGGAACUUCUCGGAGUCAGGACCAGGUGCAAGUGUUUCGACAUCGGCGGCCAACAAAGUUCGAAGAGGUGAUAUUAGGCAUGCUGUUGUGGUUAGGACCAAGAAGAAGUUGCAAAGACCCGAUGGAAGUGUGGUCAAGUUCGAUGACAAUGCCUGCGUGUUGAUCAACAAAGCAGGAGAGCCGAUAGGGACGAGGCUGAACGGCGUUGUUGGGACGGAACUGAGAAAGAUGAAGUGGUCGAAGAUCCUGUCACUGGCACCAAUGCAUUUGUAGGAUUAUUGUACAGAUGUCACGGAUACUUGUAGCAUAAGACACGGCGUUCAGAAUAUGGUUCUUUGAAAAUAGAC